CCCUCUACUGCUGGCCUGGGGGCUGCUCUUCUCUGGGGUCGCCCAUGCUGAUGACAACCCCUGGAGACCGUGCACAGAUUUGCUGCCGUUGGACCUCCUGCAGCGCGUGUUGCCGGGAGACGGUGGAGCAUUGGAGGGGGUGCGCAUGGUGCAGACUCGGGGAGCGCGAGGUGUACGCAUUACUGGGGGUCAAAGGUCAAUGAGUUUUCCAGCGUCCCAGAUCUUCAUCAACUGCCCCCUCUUCCCCUCCGAGUUCUCCAUGGUCAUCACACUCAACGUACCACGUGCAAACCAGCAGAGGGACUCUGAGUACGUCUUCACUCUCCUGGACGAGGAGAAGGAUCGUGUGCUGCUGGGCUUGAGCGUCGCCUAUGGAGACGUGCACUUCCUGUUCUGGAGUGGGCUUGGCCGCCGGCGUGUGUCGUUCAAGGGCGUGGCUCUGGCGGACGGGCGCUGGCACACACUCGUGCUGGCCGUUACGGGUCAAUUCACCAUCCUCACGCUGGACUGUGGCAUGCCUCUCGAGCUGAUCCAUGACAGGCCAUUCCCCUCUGAUCUAGACACCAGAGGAUCACGCUUCUUCAUCGGAAGCCGCAGGAGAUAUAGAGGUCUCUUCUCAGGCCUACUGCGGCAGCUGGUGCUGUUACCCGGCUCUGAUGCCACCCCGCGCAUGUGCCCGUCCUCAGUGCCCAGCCUGCCAGUUCUCUCCGUGCCCCCCUCUCUGCUGCAGCUCCCUGCCAAGGGCUCCAGUGCCAACCAGCUGCCCCUUUAUCCAUACGAGGCUGAAGUGCGCGUGACAGAGGGUUUGGUGCCCCCUUGUGGUGAUCUAGAGCAGGGCCAGCUUUGGGUCAACACUCUGAAGAGGGGCCUCUAUCUGUGUGAUGGACUCAUGUGGCUCCCUAUGCUCGAAGAGCAUGCACGGCUGGACUACGUGGAGGAUUACCAGUACCUCCACACGCGUUCCAAGACCUCCGACACCGAGGUCUUCUUCAUCCCAUCCGCUGGACUCUUCCUGGCUGCCGCCGGACGGGAUUCCCAGUCGGGAUCCGCCAUCUACAAGUGGGAAGAGGGGAAAUUCCGGCUCUACCAGAACAUCAGCACGUUCGAGGCUCAAGCCUGGAAGUACUUCACCAUUGGGAAAAGGAGCUUCCUGGUGGUGGCUAACUCAGGCAGCAGUAGUGAGGAGGCUGGGGGAGGAGAAGAGUACUCCAUCAUCUAUAAGUGGAACCCGCACAAGCACAAGUUCUUUCGCUACCAGAGCCUGCAGACACACACUGCUCAGGACUGGGAGGCAUUUAGCAUCCAUGGAGAGGCCUACCUCGCCGUGGCCAAUCACAGAAGAGCUGACAACAACCACAACAUAGACAGCGUCAUCUACAAGUGGAACCCAGGAACCAAGCUCUUCGAGGUGAACCAGACCCUUCUGACGUCCGGCGCAUACGACUGGGAGUUCUUCAGCGUGGGGCCCUACCACUUCCUGGCUGUGGCCAACACGUUUGAUGGCGUCACAACCUGCAUCAACUCCACCAUCUAUGUGAGGGUGGCCGGGCAGUUCCAGCACUUUCAGGACAUCACUACGUUCGGGGCGACGGACUGGGAGAUGUUUGAGAUCGAUGGGCGGGUCUUCCUGGCGGUGGCCAAUGGGGAGCUACACACACGCGGGUCGAGCCAAUACUCCAUCAACUCCACCAUCUACGAGCUCAACAUGGAGCUGCAGAGGUUCAUCAGAUUCCAGGACAUACUCACACACACGGCAGUGGACUGGGAGUUCUUCACGGUUGGGACGCAGAGCUUCCUGGUGGUGGCCAACUCCUACAACGGCACAUCCUACUCACUCAACAGUGCCAUCUACAGAUGGCAGGGUUCAGAGGGGUUUGUGUCCGUUCAUGAGCUGCUGACGGUGGGCUGUAGGGACUGGGAGUUCUUCCACAGCAGUGAGGGCUCCUUCCUCAUAUACGCCAGCGCCACCUCAACUCUCUCCAAAGUCUUCAGGCUCAAGACCUACUAAAGCAUCCUCAUCCUCAACACUCUCCUAAAAGUCUUCAGACUCAAGACCUACUGAAUCCUGCUCAUCUUUAACACUCUCCAAAGUCUUCAGACUCAAACGGAUGCUCUUCAAAAUCAACAAGCCCAAGAACUACUAAAGCCUCCUCAUCUUCAACAUUCUCAAAAGUCUUCAGACUCAAAACUUACCGAACCCUCAUCAUCCAGAGCAACCUCAAAACUCUCCUCACAGACUCACAACCUUCACUGUGACCUCAAAUAUAUUUAAAAUGGAUUCUCUAAACUUACUGAAGGCUUACAUAUUUUCAUAUUUUAUAUCAAAAUUAAUGUAAUAAUUAAGUGCAAAUACAAGUGCACUUAAGCGCAAUACCUGGGUGCUGUGGCAGCUAUGUACUUUACAAAUUGAUGUGGUCAUAUCUUCCAUUUAAGCUAUUCUCUCAACAUACACACAUUUCAAGUUGUUAUUCAUUAUACUGUAUAUAUAUAUAAUUUUUUUGACAUUUAGCUAUUUUUCCUUUUAAACAAUUCAUUCCACACAUAGACCUAUUUGUCACGAGCAUAAGCUACUUCACACGUCAUCACUGUCUAAUACAUAAUUUGUAUCAUCUACUCUAAGACUUGAAUACCAUAUUUUCAAAUGCAGAGCAGAUACACUUUCUUGACUGAAAAAAAUGAUUCAAAUGAUUCAAAGAAUCUGAAACAAAAUGUGUUUAUCAUCACAAAUAUCCCCUAUAGCUUUGCAUUUUAUUUGGAUACACACUCGUCUGUUCUUGCUUGAGCAUGACUGUGUUUAACACAUUUUUGUAUAAAGAGAUUAUUAUUGGAAUCAUGUUGCCAGGAUUCAAUAAAUUCACCAUGUCUCAAAACAUGGUGUUGUUAUUUCUACACUGCUAUUUUAAACAUGAAUCAGUUUGUACAACGUAGACUUGUAAGCAGUAUUCAAAAAAUUCAUCAUAUCCAUGCACUUCGACUUGAAAAAGCACAGGAAUAAACUCAGAUAUCAGGCAUACUUUUUGGAAAAAACAAUCUGUGACAUUGGCCAAUAUGUCCCUUAUUAUGAUGGAAGUUGACUUGUUUAAUUAAAAGCAUUUCUGCAGCCUGUAGCUCCUGAGGGUUUUAUACUGUAUGUAAAUACAUUCAUGAAAUUUAAGUAAAAAAUAUGUAAAUCAUGUGCUUUUUUGACUAUUAUCUGCAAAUAAAAACAAUCUCAGUGAAAAUUGAGUUUUAAGUCAGGCUAUUUCCCAUCCCAUGAGGACAUUGAAUAAAUAAAAUAAAU